UUUUGUGGUCGAAUCUCUACCUCUUAUUUUGAAAGAGGUGAAUAUGAGCAUCAAGAAAGAUGACAAAGCUAUAGCCAGGUAUACGGAAAUCUUGGAGGAAUGUGAAAAUAUAAUUUCCUUUGUCUCCUUUCUUUGUUUUAAAUGAUGCCACAAUUUGGCCGGAGAGCAACCCAUUAAAUUCGAUAAUCUUCUUCACCAAAAAAUUAUGAAAUGUAUGUCUUGCCUAAACCCGCUAAUGACAAAUUCUUCAUCAUUUCGUAGCCUAUAAAAUGCCCACCUAGAUAUGCUUUCAUUCUCUGCCAUCAUCUUGCGCGCUUCUUAAUCAUAACUGAUUAUAUUCUUUAGAUUAUUGUAGUUAGGUCUAAACGGGGGUUUCUGUUUUCUUUCUGUUAUUGAAAUGGCUUUUCAAGUGAAACCAUUGGCGGUGGUAAUUGCUCUAUCUUGGGUUUUAAGCAUGCAACAGCAUUCUUCUUCUGUUAAUGGAAAGCCACAAGUACCUUGUUUCUUCAUUUUUGGAGACUCGCUGGCUGACAGUGGCAACAACAACUUGCUUGAUUCUCUGGCUAAAGUCAACUACACGCCGUAUGGUAUCGACUUCCCUGGUGGAGCAACCGGAAGAUUUACCAACGGUCGAACCACCAUCGACGUACUAUCUCAACUUCUGGGUUUUGACAACUACAUUCCACCAUUUUCCUUGCUUAAUAGCUCUGACAUACUCAAAGGACUGAACUAUGCUUCUGGUGCAGCAGGAAUUCGCAAAGAAAGCGGGAGGCAAUUGGGUGCAAGAAUCAGCAUGGACAGACAGUUAAAGAAUCACAAGAUUACAAUCUCCCGGAUUGCUGACAUACUUGGAAAGAAGAGGGCUAAAAAGCACGUACACAAGUCCUUACAUUCAGGUGUAAAAAAGUGGUUGGCCAAAAAAUACUUAAGCAAGUGCUUAUAUUCAGUUGGAAUGGGCAGUAAUGACUACAUCAACAAUUACUUCUUGCCUCAGUACCAUGACACCAGUAAAAAGUUUACCACUGAGCAAUAUGCUGAAGCCCUUAUCAAACAAUAUUCUCAGCAAAUAAAGAAGUUGCACAAAUAUGGUGCAAGGAAGGUGGUUUUGGUUGGAGUGGGACUGAUAGGCUGCACCCCAACUGCAAUUUCUGCUGGCACAAAUGGGUCUGCAUGUGUAGAUAGAAUGAACCUUGCAGCUCUACAGUUUAACCAAAGGCUUGUAUCACUUGUGGAUCAGCUCAACAGCAAUUUGACAAAUGCAAUGUUCAUCUAUAUUAACAGCUUUGAAAUGGGUUCUGGAGAUCCAGCAGCUGCUGGAUUCAAGGUUUCGAACGUUGGGUGUUGUGAGGUAAAUGAAGUUGGUCAAUGUAAAUUUGACCAAAAUCCAUGUAAGAAUAGGAGUGAGUAUGUGUUUUGGGACGGAUUCCAUCCUACAGAAGCCUUGAACCAAAUCAAUGCAAUAAGAUCAUACAGUAGUGCUAUUAAUCCUGCAGACACUUAUCCAAUGGACAUCAGUCACCUUGCUAAGCUAAAAUUUAAUCAUAGAGUGGCUGCUUAUUAGAAGUCAUGCAAAAUUGCAAUCAGAUAUAAAUAAGGCAACUUUUGUUUGCGCUCUGAGUUUUUCAUCAUUAUAUGGUAUUUUAUUCAAUAUACUUUUGUUUUAGAAU